CGGAGCAGCGGCGGCCGCAGCGGCAUCGCGGCCUGGCGACGCGGCCCCGGCUGGACACGCUGCCCCAAGCGCACGCCGCUUACGGCUGCCUGCGGGUUCGGGGCUCCCGGGAGCGUCCGGCGUUCCCCGAGGGCGGGCGUGCCGGAGCGCCGCGGGGCGCGGGGCGCCAGCGCCGCGGAGCAGCCCGCGCGCCGCCUCAGCCCGUCGGAGAGCGGGGUCCCUGCGGGGCUGCCGGCCGGCUCCCAGCCGCCGCGGCUCUCGGGGCCCAGCGCCGCCCCAGACCCGUCGCGGCCGGCCGGAGAAAGGAGUGUCAUGAAAAAGGAAGAAAAAAGAGACGUCAUUGUCACUGUCGGUGAAAGGGGACUUUUAUUUUCCCGUUGAUGGUUACUUCGUGAUUGGAAAAUAUGUGCCUAGGUGGCUGAAGAGAUUAGAUUUUUAUAGUUUUAUCGAUGAAGCUGAUAGAGGAAGACACGAAAAUGCUUUCCUGGGUCAUAUAGUCAGGAAGCCUGGAAAAGACAUUUGAAAUGAAGGCAGGAAUUUUAAUUUUUUUUUUUUUUUUUUGGACCACAUGGGACUUUGAACUUACUUUUUUGAAGAUGUUUUUCUCUUAAACAUGGAAGAAGAAAUAAUUCAUAAACCAAGAAGUAUUAAAAGUUGAAGGGACUAAUCAGUAAUUCCAUUCAUUCCAGGAAUGUCAGUACUUUGUCACAGUCUUCAGUCAGACACACAGAAACAAAUCAUACAUGUGUGGUGAGUGUGUCACCAUGAUGGCUUUCUGUGCUGCCAGUGACUCUUUAAUUUUAAGUUUGGAGUGCUUUUUCUUUUUUGUACAAUGUAUGAUUUGACUCUUCCUGUUAAAAUAGAUUAGUGUAAAGGAAGUAAAUGCUGCACUUUUAAUAUUUUGACUCUUACCACUGUUCCUGCGUGUUACAGAAAAAUUAGAGGUAUUAAUAAUAUUCCUUGAAGUUUUACUGGAAGCAAAACUGUGCCAGGGACACAGAUACACUGUGUAAGUUUUCUCUUUUUGGCAACUGUACCUGCUUUGGAUGAGCUGAAUGUCAGCAAAGAAGAUUUUAAAUUCAGUUUUAUGGAGAUCUUUAAUAUAUGUUUUAUAUUAACCAGAUGGAAAACACAUUAAGCACCCUCUUUGUCACGUAUGCCUAAGGAAAGGAUCUUCCCGAUGGAUCAUGGCGUUAAUGUUUACAGGACAUUUCCUACUUUUAACAUUAGUGAUGUUUGGUUUCUCUACUCUUGAAGAAUCUGUAAGCAAUUACUCUGAAUGGGCAGUUUUCACAGAUGAAAUAGAUCAGUUUAAGACACAGAAAGUGCAAGAUUUCAGACCCGAACAUAAGCUGAGGAGAAAUAUGCUUCAUCCAAGUUUAUAUUUCGAUGCUGGAGAAAUCCAAGCAAUGAGACAGAAGUCUCGCACAAGCCAUUUGCAUCUUUUCAGAGCUAUCAGAAGUGCAGUGACAGUCAUGCUGUCCAACCCAACAUACUACCUACCUCCACCCAAGCAUGCCGAUUUUGCUGCAAAGUGGAAUGAAAUCUAUGGUAACAAUCUGCCUCCUUUAGCGUUGUACUGUUUAUUAUGUCCAGAAGACAAAAUUGCCUUUGAAUUUGUCUUGGAAUAUAUGGACCGGAUGGUUGGCUACAAAGACUGGCUAGUUGAGAAUGCACCAGGAGAUGAGGUUCCAGUUGGCCAUUCAUUAACAGGUUUUGCCACUGCCUUCGACUUUUUAUAUAACUUAUUAGAUAAUCAUCGAAGACAAAAAUACCUGGAAAAAAUAUGGGUUAUUACUGAGGAAAUGUAUGAGUAUUCCAAGGUUCGCUCCUGGGGCAAACAACUUCUCCAUAACCAUCAAGCUACCAAUAUGAUAGCAUUACUCACAGGGGCCUUGGUUACUGGGGUAGAUAAAGGAUCUAAAGCAAAUAUAUGGAAACAGGUUGUAGUAGAUGUGAUGGAAAAGACAAUGUUUCUAUUGAAUCAUAUUGUUGAUGGCUCCUUGGAUGAAGGUGUGGCCUAUGGAAGCUACACAGCUAAAUCAGUCAUACAGUAUGUGUUUUUGGCACAGCGCCAUUUUAAUAUCAACAACUUGGAUAAUAACUGGUUAAAAAUGCACUUUUGGUUCUAUUAUGCCACCCUUUUGCCAGGUUUCCAAAGAACUGUGGGUAUAGCAGAUUCAAAUUAUAAUUGGUUUUAUGGUCCAGAGAGUCAGCUAGUUUUCUUGGAUAAGUUUAUCUUAAAGAAUGGAGCUGGAAAUUGGUUAGCUCAGCAAAUUAGAAAGCAUCGACCUAAAGAUGGACCAAUGGUUCCUUCCACUGCCCAGAGGUGGAGUACUCUCCACACGGAAUACAUCUGGUAUGAUCCACAGCUAACCCCACAACCCCCUGCUGAAUAUGGUACUGCAAAGAUGCACACAUUUCCUAACUGGGGAGUAGUCACUUAUGGGGCUGGACUACCAAACACUCAAACCAAUACCUUUGUGUCCUUCAAAUCUGGGAAGCUGGGGGGACGAGCUGUGUAUGACAUAGUUCACUUUCAGCCAUACUCCUGGAUUGAUGGCUGGAGAAGCUUUAACCCUGGACAUGAACAUCCAGAUCAGAACUCAUUUACAUUUGCCCCCAAUGGGCAAGUUUUUGUUUCUGAAGCUCUCUAUGGACCAAAGCUGAGCCACCUUAACAAUGUAUUGGUGUUUGCUCCAUCACCCUCAAGCCAAUGUAAUAAGCCUUGGGAAGGUCAACUGGGAGAAUGUGCACAGUGGCUCAAGUGGAUUGGUGAGGAAGUUGGUGAUGCUGCAGGGGAAAUCAUCACUGCCUCUCAACACGGGGAAAUGAUAUUUGUGAGUGGGGAAGCAGUAUCUGCUUAUUCUUCGGCAAUGAGACUGAAAAGUGUGUAUCGUGCUUUACUCCUCUUAAAUUCUCAAACUCUGCUAGUCGUUGACCACAUUGAGAGGCAAGAAGCUUCCCCAAUAAAUUCUGUCAGUGCCUUCUUUCAUAACCUGGAUAUUGAUUUUAAAUACAUCCCAUAUAGGUUUAUGAAUAGGUAUAAUGGUGCCAUGAUGGAUGUAUGGGAUGCACAUUACAAAAUGUUUUGGUUUGAUCACCGUGGCAAUAGCCCGAUGGCUAGUAUACAGGAAGCAGAGCAAGCAGCUGAAUUUAAGAAACGGUGGACUCAAUUUGUUAAUGUUACGUUUCAGAUGGAAUCCACAAUCACAAGAAUUGCAUAUGUCUUUUAUGGGCCAUAUGUCAAUGUUUCCAGCUGCAGAUUCAUUGAUAAUUCCAAUUCUGGACUUCAGAUUUCUCUCAAUGUCAAUAACACUGAACACGUUGUUUCCAUUGUAACUGACUACCACAACCUGAAAACAAGAUUCAGUUACCUGGGAUUCGGUGGCUUUGCCAAUGUGGCUGACCAAGGUCAAAUAACCCGAUUUGGGUUGGGUACUCAAGCAAUAGUACUGCCAGUCAGACAUGAUAGAGCUAUUUUCCCUUUUGGAUUUAAGUUUAACAUAGCAAUUGGAUUAAUUUUGUGCAUUAGUUUGGUGAUUUUAACAUUUCAGUGGCGGUUUUACCUUUCUUUUAGAAAACUAAUGCGUUGGAUACUAAUUCUUGUUAUUGCCUUGUGGCUUAUUGAACUGCUGGAUGUGUGGAGCACUUGCACUCAGCCCAUCUGUGCAAAAUGGACGAGGACAGGAACCGAGACAAGCAAGAAGUCUGUGUCUUCCAAAGGGCACUAUGCGGAUCUUCCUGAUGUUGUCAUUACCUCACUUCCUGGUUCAGGAGCUGAAAUACUCAAACAACUUUUUUUCAAUAGUAGUGAUUUUCUGUACAUCAGAGUUCCUACAGCCUACAUUGAUAUCCCUGAAACCGAAUUUGAAAUUGAUUCAUUUGUAGAUGCUUGUGAGUGGAAGGUAUCAGAUAUCCACAGUGGGCAUUUCCGUGUACUUCGAGGAUGGUUGCAAUCUUUAGUCCAGGACACAAAAUUACAUUUGCAAAACAUCCGUCUGCAUGAACCCAGUAGGGGUAAACUGGCUCAAUAUUUUACAACAAAUAAGGACAAGAAAAGAAAAUUGAAAAGGAGAGAGUCUUUGCCAGAACAAAGAAGUAGAAUGAGAGGCACUUUUGACAGAGAUGCUGAAUAUAUUAGGGCUUUGAGGAGACACCUAGUCUAUUACCCAAGUGCACGUCCUGUGCUUAGUUUAAGUAGCGGUAGCUGGACGUUGAAGCUUCACUUUUUUCAGGAAGUUUUAGGAGCUUCCAUGAGGGCAUUGUAUAUUGUAAGAGACCCUCGGGCAUGGAUUUAUUCAAUGCUGUACAGUAGUAAGCCGAGUCUUUACACUCUGAAGAAUGUACCAGAGCACUUAGCAAGGUUGUUUAAAAUAGAGGGAGGUAAAGGCAAAUGUGACUUAAAUUCAGGCUAUGCUUUCGAGUAUGAACCAUUGAGGAAAGAAUUAGAAAAAUCUGAAUCAAAUGCUGUCUCCUUAUUGUCUCAUUUAUGGCUCGCAAAUACAGCAGCAGCCUUGAGAAUAAAUACAGAUUUGCUGCCUACCAGCUACCAGCUGGUCAAGUUCGAAGAUAUUGUUCAUUUUCCUCAGAAGACUACUGAAAGAAUUUUUGCUUUUCUUGGAAUUCCAUUGUCUCCUGCUAGUUUAAACCAAAUAUUGUUUGCCACUUCUACAAACCUUUUUUAUCUUCCAUAUGAAGGGGAAAUAUCACCAACUAAUACUAAUGUUUGGAAACAAAACUUGCCUAGAGAUGAAAUUAAACUAAUUGAAAACAUCUGCUGGACACUGAUGGAUCGUCUAGGAUAUCCAAAGUUUAUGGACUAAAUGCUGCAGGUCAGCAGAAAUUUGCACUAAUGCUUCCCUACCCACUUUGUGGAUAUGGACUAGAAGAGUUGGUUUAUUCUUGUAUUCUGUGUGUGUGUGUGUGUGUGUGUGUGUGUGUGUGUUCUGUCUUUUAUUUGCACAGAGAGAUUAUUUAAAAAAUAGGCACCAUAUUUGGCCUAGCAGGAUUUAUUUUUAUGUUACCACUUCCUUGCUUUUGUUUCUGAAUUUUUUUCUGCUAAAAUAUUUCUGUUUCAGAAGUGUAGAUGAAAUUAUGUCGUGGGGUUCUGGGAAAAUGGGAAGAUUUUAAAGGAUUUUGUUUAACUUGCCUUCUGUAACUGUGCUAACCUAUCUGGGGACCUCAUACACUACUAAAGGCCUUGCAGUUGCUGCUUUACCCAAGCGUCUCUUCCUUUCAAGAUGGACUAUUUAUCUUUUUGAAAAGGUCUUUUAACAUACUUACCUUGCACAAAGAAAAAAAAAAAAAAGUGAAUUCCUUUUACUUUAUAUAACACUCAGUGAUAUCACUGGAGAAAUGGAGUUAAGUUCCUAUCAGAACUACAGAAUUCCUUCUGGAAAUGCAGAUGGAAAUACAGCAUAAACUUUUUUUUUUUUUUUAAAGUCAGAAAUAGUAAUCUGGAAAGUUUCCUUAAAGUUUUUUACUUACAAAUAAUAAGAAAUAAGUCUGAACAAUCUGGGUGCUGAGGGCUGGGUUUUUAGACAUGCUUAUCUGUUUAAAACUCUCUUUUUUGGCUUCCUGAAGCUACAGCUGUUUGCCAUUACACUACUCCCACCCUGUCCUUUUUGUCACUGUCAAGCAAAACAGUCGGUAGUUACUAAUUGUUAAACUCCCAGUAUUUGUGGAGAUUUCCUCUUCUCCGAUGAUUAAUUUUGCAUUAAGGACUGACACAGACUUAGAAUCGAAUUUAUUUUUUGUGGAAUUACCACUGGAUGACUCAAAGAAAGCAGUGCCGCUGCUGCCAAUGUUUUCUUAGACUGGAGACAGAAUUGGAAAACUGCCUGACUUUUCUUGCUUCCUUUUGAGUAAGUUUAGAGACCGCCAGUGUCUGCAAAAUUGAAGGCAAAUGGGAGAUGAUGUCAGAGGCAUCUGUUUCUUUUACCAUCUGCAUCUUAUUACAAAUGUAGUCAACAUAAAAUGUGCUUCAUUUUACUUUGGUGUGUUCUGAAAUCAAAAUGCUAUGCCAUUAUAAGCCAGUGGAGUAAUUACAAUGUACUGGAUGAAAACUAUCAGGCAGUGUCGAGACUUGAUGAAAAUCUUUGUAGAGAUUGCAGUCUUCUUCCUGAUGUUCAGACUACAAACUGUAGUUCCUUCAAGCUCGCUAACACUUGGAGUCUGUCAUUCUGACCUAGAUAAAAGUGGUUCUGUCUCAGUAGUUUGUUAUUAUGUCAAAAUGUGCCUCAAAAGUGAUAAAGCUGUGGCUAUGUUACAUUCCAGCUAAAUCUAACUUGGCUGUCAUUUUCCUUCCAUUAUGAUAUGAUACUGCUCCCUUCCUCCACAUUUACUUCCCAUAACUCCCAUAAUUUUCCCUUUAUGGUAACAAAAUGAAUAAAAAUUAUAUUCAUGUGGGUUAAGAGGGCAAUGAAGACUUCUACCUAUUAUUCUUAAGGAAGAUUGUUUUAUCUCAGGGUCAAUCAACAAACAUUUAAAAUUGCUACAUGGAUGAUAACACUGUUUCCAUUAUUGCUCAGAGUCUCAGUGUUUGCUUUCAAUUCCCAGGAUGUGUGAUCUCGAAUCAGAUAAAAUAAAAAGGAUCUGGGUUGGAAGUAGUAUUAGAUCUGAUAAGGUAAGAAUUACACAUGGGUGCUGGUAUCAGAGAAGACAACAGAAGCCACCCCUGCCUUUCUUUGAACAUACAGAAAUGCCUGCAUAAGCAGAGGACAACCUAAUGAAACGUGUGGAGGAACAGGGGAAAGAAGAUACGUGGAAAAUGAAAGAGUGAUUCUGAGAAUGAAUAUGGGAAUUUAUUGAUAGCAGAACAAAGAAGGUUCACCCAAAUGGCCUUCACAGUGGACUGUAACUCUCAUUCUAACACAGCAAUACAGAGUUCUCUGUCUCUGUACUCAUUCAUUCCCAAUCCAGAGGGAAAAUUUUAGAUGCAAGCCCCACUACUUAGGUAACUCUAAUGUAGAAAAUUUGCUGAAGACUGUACUUGGAAAUUCUCCUGUGAGGAGUGUUAUGCUGGGAAAGGGGAUGACACAUCCAUCAAACUUGCGGAAUGUGUGUGCACACACAUGAUCACACUUCUGCCUUGUAAUCUGAAUACCUAAGGUCACUGCUUCUCCUAGUACAUCCUCAGGUCCUGCACUGUCGUUCAGGGUAAUCUAGGAGAAAGUUGAGUUGUCUGUACACAUACUUUUACUCAUCUUGCAAAUAAGAUGAUUACUAACACUUGUUUGAAAACCUUUAUAAAAUGUCCUAUCUAUAAUAGUCACCCCUUCCUUCAUUUCCCAAAUUUAGACUUAUUGGAAAUAAGCUACUUUAACAAAAUUUUAUUAAAACUAAUGAUAAUGAAAUUUUAAAAAGUUUUGCUGCCAAAAGUAAAAUAGCAAAUGUAAUGAUAAUUUGACUUACAAAGUUUGAAAUGACAGAUUUUUCUCACGAUGAAAUAGAAAGCCCACAUCUAAAGUUGAAUGUACCACAAUGAAAAGUCCAGAGAGGAUUGGAAAUAGAUUCUACUCAGGAGAAGGAAACUAAAUCUGUGAAUUUGCUUCAGUUUAAAUUUUAAAAUACAGAUUUUAUCAAUAUGACACAAGACCAUGGACUUAUUGGGCCUAGAUUCCAAAAUAUUACACAAUUGAUUACUUUUGGACAAUAACUGAUAGAUGCCUGGCAAGAAUAGGAUCAUUUUUAUUUAUAUCAAAUCCCAAGGAAUAUUAGAGGAAUUGCCUUCUCCAAAUAUAUUCAAAAAAGCACUCCCCUCAUACACAUGAGCAUGUCUUAAAAAUCCUCAUUAUGAACUUGUCACCCCUCCUCUCUGCCACUUAUUUUUUAGUUCUCUUUAGUUAUACAUGGCAGUAGAAUGUAUUUUGACAUAUAAUACAUGGAGUAUUACUUCCCAUUCUUGUAUUUGUACAUGAUGUCUGCCAUUUAUUUUUGAUUGGCAUUAUUGAUAAGCAGAGAUGUUAUGCAUCAUCAAAAAUCCUAGAAAUUCUUAUAUAAAGUAUAUCACAUUUACUUAUCUACAAGUGAGUAAAAAUGGUAAUUUUCAAAUUGCAAUGUGGUUUGAUUUCAUUAACUUUGAUCAUAAUUAGAAAAGUUUUCACUGAUUAGGAAAAAAUGUAAAUAGAAGGUAAUAUGUUGUAUCACCACUUUCAGGGUGUUUAACCUUAUAUGAAGACAUUGAAUAUUUUCUUCUUAUAUGUUAACCAAAUUAUUGUAUCUGAAUAAUCAGUCACUACAUUUUGGCAGAAAAAUUAUCCAAAUAAGUAUUGAGACUCAAGUUACUGGAUUUUGCAGAGAAUGUUAGACACUUUAAAAACCAGAGUCUAACAUUCUCUAAAAAGUUGUAGAUGCUUAAGCUAUAAUUUAUAUGGAUUUAUAUUUUAUGUAAUCCAGGUAACAUGUUUAAUUGAUUCUGAUUCCAAAGAUGGAUUUCAGCUAAGUCUUUCAAACCAUGGGAAUUUUUGUUUUUGUUUUUCACACCUUAUCUUGUUAUGUAGCAAAAAACAAAUAACAACAAC